CAAAAUCUUUAGGGCCGUCUAUGGCGUUCUCAGCCUUGGUUUUCGAUCUGAAGGGGACCCUUGUUGGGCCUCGACGCCACUUGUUUACAAACCAUGUGAUUUUCAGGGUCUCCCGCUUGGCGGACAACAAGAUGUGCAGCCACUGCAGGCGCUGGGCGGGGUUGAGUCGUUGACACUCAGGAAACCACCAUCGAACCCAAAACACUCAACUUUGUGCUUUCUUCGUCCGCGGGAGCAGACUUGAUCCUACCCGCCUGCAUUCACAGCGGCAGGAAGUGUUGGUUCGAGCCAAGUCAAUGGACCUGGGCAACUGCAUCAUCGCCCAGGUCGGUACCUGGCCAUUCCUUCCCCUUGUCGCCGUCCACCGUCCCAUUGACCGCAAUGUCGUUUCUAUCAGUGCUAUUGUACAUUGUGCAUGGGACUUCUUUACGUAGGGGCUACGAAAUGAGAAAACCACCAGAUGACGCGAUAUAUCUUGAGUUGUUCUCCCGGAUCCUCGUAGGCCGAGAUGGAUGUCCUCACCAGCUUCUUGCAGCUCUGGAGCAAGGCAUCAAUGUGGCAUGGGAGGACGUGUAUGAUGUGGUGAAUCCUUACGGAGACCGUCGAGGCAAUGCAUUCGAAAGUGUCUGGACGUUCGACCUUGACAAAGGCCUGGUUUUUCUGACCAAGAAUGACCAACACAGCUCUGCGUCACUUGGUCUGGCUCGCGAACGACUACUCACGCUCGACGACUUUGUGCCCGUGGACAUUGUGCGGCAACCGCUCCAGGCAGAUCAGGAUAUUCCCGGGCUAUAUUGGGAGCCUGAAUUUGAUUAUAUGCCCCGGGAAAUCUCAUUCCUUGGACGAAUUAUCCGUGACUUUGGUCAUACUUGGCGACAUGUUCUUUGUCGAGAGAUAAACACCACGACCUUCAUGAAACUGGCGUAUGCCAUUAUCUGGAUUUCGAAAAUGGAGUUCACUCUCUUGGAGCGCGUGGGCUUUGAGCAUAUAUCUCAAGGAGGACCGUAUGUCAAAGUCAUAGACCUGCCGAGCUGGGACACACCUGACGCCAAUCUUGUUCCAGCUGGGUCGUCUUGGUUUGUUCUGACGCAAGACAUCUACAAAGGACUUGAGCUGGUGCGAGGCCAUGCCGCAAGACAGGCUUUGCACGGACGGUCCACAACAGAGUCGAUCAAGUACGCGGUUCUGACGCUUCGACAAGUCGUCCUUUGCAAAGCAUCUGGAAAGUGCCUAUCGUGGACGAGACCCGAGAAGCUGUUUCAUGACAGCCCUGCAACCGAUGCUGCUAUAAGCAUGAUCCUCACUAUAUCGGCAAUUGAGCGCAAACCGCUCACCAUCAACACUCUUCCCGUCGAGAUUCAAGACAAAAUACUCCGUCAAGCCACAGUCAGCUUAGUUGCAUCGUCCAAAUUGGGCUGCGAGCUCGGCAUAGGGUCCCCUUUCUCUUGGAUCGAGAGAGGUGUACCCAUCGGCAUUCAGGAGCGUAAGACCCAUCGCUCCGAAAGGUCCCCUGUUGAAUCACAACUUGUGUUCAACGGAGUGGGAAGCGGCUUGUCAUACAAACGUGAUGGGUCAAGUCAGACACCUAUUAGCUCAAUUCAGACACUAGGCUCAGUGUCCAUCCUGCUGCCAUCGCCUGGGUACAUUCAUUGAAGGCUACAUGGUAGAUGCCUCUUCCGAUCGACAUUUGAUUUCUUUGCCCACCAGAGAUGGGCUGUUAUAAGAGCCCUCCUUUCAUUGCAUAUGUCUUCAGCUAGUAACCUGCUCAUCACACACACAGAGCACUUCACCAAACCAAACAUGCAUUCCACACGGCCGCACAUACAGGAACAACAUCGGCACGCCUAAUCACGCGCACGGUUCAUCAUCACACCAGCCGGGUCCUUGGUCUCCGUGUCACCCCAAUGCGCAUCCCAGCCAUUAUCAGCCAGGUACACCUUCC